AUGUUGCGGAGCGGUGCCUUAUGCAAGGCACUGUCGUCCCCGGUAAGCCACACAGAAGCAUCUGCAACGGUGUCUUCUCGCGGUAGCGCUGCCGACCACUCCAUACCUGUCGGUGUGCCUGUCUUCAUCGACGCUUUUGAAGAGUUGACGACUGCGAAACCCUCGCCACAUCGGGAGUCCCAUAUCAGUAGCAGCAAGAGUCCCAACGAACUUGAACGCUGUAGACGGUUCUAUCACGGUACACAACCGUGUGAGCAGGUCCUUUCCGCGCCACCAGUGCGUGAGACGGUCAUCGGUGAAGAGGAGGAUCUCUCUCUCUUGCAUGCACAGUGCGUAUGCAGCUCUGAUGUGCAGCUGGGGACCACGCAGGCAGCCUGCGCAUGGAGGCCUGCGUCGCCUGAAUUCACGGAUCUCGUCCCCUUUCUCACCUCACAGUCACCGCUGGAGUCGUUAUGCUCGAGCGAGUCCGCUUCUGCGGCACCCUUGUCACUAAACGCCACUCGAAGAGCGUCUCCUCGAGAUGCCCCCACCGCCACUGCCGCUGCUCCCACGACUUCAGGUGAUCCCUUAAAGAUGACGAUGGCAACCGCGCCAUCACUCACAGUCCACACCGAUAGCAACACUGGCCGCGCGCAGCACUCGCGCACCAGCUCACUACUGUAUUACAGUCCGUAUAUCCACUAUGAUGGCAACAGCGAGAGCCUCGAGACGGACGCUGCACUGCAUCGCAGUCACGCGGCGAUAUCGUCCGCUAUCUCAUGCUUUCACGCGUCCUCCUUGGUUACGCCACGUGCGCUGCCGUCGUACCCGCUUAGCUCUAGCGCCAGAAAAUCCAUGGCGCUGACGAAACUGCCGGCAGAGUCCCCCCGCGGUGAAGGCAGUCGAAGCUCGUCACCUACUGGCACGUGUGGCGGGGCUGCUUGUAUCAUCUCUGACGCGCUCACGCUCACCCCGGAAAAACCUGAUCACCUUCUGCGUGCAUUAGCCAGUGAGGAGGGAGCUUACGUGCCACCGCUCAGCACCUCUACCACAACGCAGUGCACCAUCCCACCAAUCACAGCACCCCAAACGGGGAAGCAAAACGUGAACACUAGGAGCGGUUUUGUUCCAAGUGUGCCGUCGAUUCGCUUCCCCGUUGCCUAUUCUAUCCCCGUUAGCGAUUCGGAGCGUAGCCUUGCCAGCAUCCCUGCUCUCGGGUAUGGCCCACGCAGUACACCCAACGCCUGCUCCUUGACCUCUGCUCGUUCGGGCCGCUCUGCGCGAUCGGCGCGUCACUCUAACCGCUGCACCUCAACACUGCGCAACGGCGUACCAACGCUGAAGGAGCUCUUUCCUACUCUGCCCGAUGAUCUCUACCUCACGCGCGAUCGGCUGUGCAUCUCGCAUGGUAGCAAGCGGCGACUCGGGUCUGGCGCGUACGGCAUUGUGCAGCAGGCAGAGCUCUACCCGCCAGGUGUCGAGGCACCGCGCAUAUUCACACCGACGUCGGAAAGUGCUGCGAGCACGUCGAUCCCCAGCACCCCGUGCUUCUCGCCAGCUAACGGCCGCGUCUCCAUUCAUAGCUUCUCAUCCAUCGCCGCUGCUGUCGGAAACCAUCAGAACGUGGCUGGCGUCAGCAACGGUGGCUACUAUGGAGCUGAACAGACGGGCAGACCCGGGGCUACGGCAAUGGUUGCCAAAACGAGCGGCAACAUCCACUUUCGCACAAUGUCGACGCUCAGCAGCGAUAGCGUCACCGCGUCGGCCUUGCCGGUGCACCAGCAGCCGUAUAACGAGCAGACCGCGUCGUUCUACAACGGUGUGGAUGACAUGGUGCGGUGGAGCAGCGCUGUAGAGUCCGUGAAAGACCUGCCUUGGGGACAUGCGCUGAACUUAAACGACGAUGCGAUGCCGAACAUGACUACAGCGCAGGCCACCGUGCUAUCGCCGACGUCGGGUUCACAUGAGACACCGGUGUUUGAUGCAGUGAGCACUGCCUCGUCUGAGGACCAGGACAGCGCCUCACACUCUCCUUUUGCGGAGAGGUCCCUGCACUGCAAAACCACGGCGGCGACCCCAAUGGACUUCAACUGCGAGACGCAGAACGACCUUCAGCUGCCGGCGGUGCUGGGGCUACGCUUGGGUCACAAUCCUGACUUGCGUGUGAGCCCGCGGACGUCGCUGCUUGUCUCCUCAGGUCACCUCAGCAGCCGCGACUGCGGCGCCGCCACAGCAGUGGACGACGCAGACAAGAGCACGGUGCGCACAGGCAUAUGCGAGGAGGGGCGCGACUGCCUCGCUAGCGUUAUCGAGCCUGUGCGUCCAUCCAGGGGCGAAGGGGAGGCCGUCGACGGAGAGACGGAGCCGGGGGCGCAGCACUCCAUGACCUCCAGAACUGGCAGGGGGGCUUUUUCGUUGCCGCACUCGCCGGUGGGGGGAGGUCGCGCCUACCGCAGCAGCAGCAAGCGUGUAUGGCGUCGAGUCGCGUGCGAGCGUGGGGAUGGGAGUGAGGGAUCGGGGCUGCGCACAUACCCUUUUUUUACCUCCCCAAUCACCCGGGAGGGCUCCAUGGACACCUCAUCGGCCGCCGUUGUAGAGGGAAAGCCAACGUCCUGCUGUGAGAUGGUGGUGUCAACGGCCACCGUAGGUGCAUAUCUGCACCGUUUUCUGUCGCGAACCGCCGAUAUUGUCUCCUCCGAGUUUGUUGACCACGUCGACGCCGCUAAUAACAGGACGCGGGAAGCAGCAGUGGUGGGAGCCGACGCAAGCGACAAGGCGCGGGCGGAGGGUUAUGGCUGUCUGCCAAGCGCACUGCCCCGUGCAUUUGAGGAGGGAGAGGAGUGGAGGGAGGAUGAGUCUGCGGAGGAGACGAGUGCGACACCGGAGCGUCGAGGCCCUGAGGCGCGGCAGCAAAGAACGCAAGAGAGUCUGGAGAUGAGCAGAUCUUCCUUUCUGGUGAGCAUCAGCUACACUGAACACGAGCUCACGUGCAACGACGCAGGGGAUGAGACGCUGAUGCUGACGGCGCAGCCGGUGAUUGAGGGAGCGAUACGGGAGCCCCAAGAAGAGCACCAGCACACAAUGGAUCAGACGCCAGAGGGGACGGAGAAAACACCGGGAGCAGGGCUUCGCCUUAGAGGAAAGGAGCAUGACAUCAGCUCUGCGGGGUCGGAGGCACAGAGUGAAACGCGGUCCUAUGGUGAGGCGGCAACGACCACUUCCACCGAUGUCGUGUUGGCGGCAGCAGCGGGGGAGGCAGAGCGGAUAGUGCAGCGCUUUGCGCACCGUAGCACAAGCGCCUCAGCGCCAGCCUCCACCGCGGCGGCACAAGGCGCAACCGCCGUCGUUUUCGCCCCCCGCACACACGUGAGAGGCGGUGUCGGUGCGAAUGGGAUCCUUGGCGGGAACCUGACCUCCAGCAGCACCUCCAACUUAUGGACUCCGAGCUGUACGGCUCCCACCGGGGCUUCCGCCGCCGCGUCGGCGAUGUCUGCAACAUCUACAACGAGGCCCGGUAACCUUGGUGGCGCACUUGUGUCGGGCGGCACCACCAACACGCUGCAAUCAUCCUUUGACUUUCCGCGUACUCCGGCCGUUCAUCAUGACAUGAACCCGUCGAUGGUCUCCGAUGCACUUUCCAGCGGUGCGGUGCCGUUCCGCUCGGUCGCCACCAAGGUGAUCGAGAAAGUGGAUCUCGCCCGCAAUGCCAUGAAGCUGAACGCGCUCCACAAUGAGCUGCGCAUGGCAAGCCGGCUCCGCCAUCCGUGUCUGGUGAACAUAUUCGGCGUUGCCGAAGAUGCCAAGCACUUCUACAUUGUCAUGGACCUCGCAGAGAAGGGCAACUUGGCACAGUACCAGCAGCGGUUUGGGGUGAGGGCCACAUGCGAGAUGGCACCGCGAUUCACGGCAGACGUUGUGCUUGCCCUUGAGUACCUUCGCGACGGGUCUCAGCACUCUUAUUGGGUGACGCCGCCCCCCGAAAGCACAGAUGACAGCCUGCUGCAGGACCACAGACACUGCACACCCCGGACGCUUAGGAUGAGAGGGACUGCAAGCGCGGCGAGCGCCACGGAACCGCGCGGCUUGCCCGGCUCCACAUCCACGCACUCCCUGCGUCAGGCCACCGAAAGUGCCUCAGUGGCAACAGCGUCGAAGCGACUGUCGCUGAGUGCUCCAAUCACUCCUCCUCUGCCGUCACAGCACACCGGCGCGACCGAUGUCACUGACAGUGUUGGGGCGGAUAUGUGUAGUAGCGCCUCAGCCGUGGGGCUGGUUCCGCGAGAGUCGAUGUCUGAGCCGUCAGAGUCGCCUUCGCGCACUUCUCCCACGGCUUUCGGACUUGAACCCCCUGUGCCUGCUCACACCGCCACUCUCCCACGGCAGCAGGAUGACAACGGCAGGUCCCUCGAGCAGCAUGACAGCAUCAUCGUGCACCGCGACCUCAAGCCUGAAAACCUACUGCUCACCUGGGACUUUCACGUGAAGCUGGCCGACUUUGGCGAUGCGUGUUUCUACGGCGACAGUGAGGCGAACAACUUUGGCGGGACACCGUCCUACAUCUCGCCGGAGGUGUUCGCGCGCUGUAAGGCGAGCCCGUACAGCGACUUGUGGGCCUUGGGUUGCGUGCUGUACGAGCUCCUGGUGGGCGAGCGGCUCUUCUCCGGCUCGCUAGUCGAAGUCGGCACUGCUGUGCAGAAGUUCAAGCCCGAGGCGUUGAUUUUUCCUGACACGCUGACGUCCACAACGGCGGAUUCGUCAGCUGCGAAGGAGAGGGGCGCGCGGGAAAGAGGCAGCGGGGCUGGUGCUGGCAUUGCGGAAGCUGCAAAGGACUUGGUCCGGCAGCUCCUUCAGCCGGUGCCCGAGGAGCGCCUCGGGUCGGCGGAGCGCGGCGGCUUCGACGCCCUCAAGGCACACCCCUUCUUUGCGGACAUACGUUGGGACAAGGUGCUGCAGGCGACGACCACGACGACCAAUGACACCAACUACGCAGCAGAGCUGGCCGAGUACCUGGAGCCGACGGAGGCGGUGGUGUACUGCUCCCCGGUGAAGCUGCUGCCGACCCUGGAGGGGAGUAGCUCCAAGGAGCAUUUGAGCAUCAAGAGCGGCAGCACCAACUCUCGCAGUACGCAGAUCGCGCUGUUGAUGGUGCUCACCGAUGCGCCUCGGCUGCUGCUGGUGAACCUUGACCUGAACAUGGUGCAAUUCGAGAUUCCAUGGUCGACGGAGCUACGCGUCGGUGUCCUGCGCACCGAGCGUUUCACCAUCACUGUCCCCGUCAGCGACGUUCUCAGGUCCCCCUCGACGCCUGUUCCAGGGUCACCGCUGCCGCCGGCGACGACAGCAGAGACGACCCCGAUGCGUUCGAACAGCAACUUCAGCGCGGCUACGGCAAACACGAUCACCUACACCUUUUCCGAUUGCAACGGGCGUGCUGACUUGUGGGGCGUCAAGAUCCAUCACCUGCAGUCGAUGUGCUCCGCGAAGCUGGAGUCGGGCAGCGCGACCGGGAGGAGUCUGCCGCGUCUCUACUCCAUCCCAGUGCUCCCCACGGCUGGCGGGGCAUUCCAUUUGCCCCGGCCCAGUGCCUCCUAUCAGCAGCUGCAGCACCAAAGGCGCCGUGACACCCCCACUCUCUCUCCACGUGCAGGCAGCCGCUUCCUGCAAUGGCCGCGCACAACGCCUCGCACCAUGCGCGCUGGGAGUCUUAGCAGCUUGACCAUUUCGAGCAACGAGCACAGCAUUGGUGCGCCGCGCGACGUGCGGGCUACUGCAGCGACGGGCACCUGCGCAGCACUGAGCAGCGAUGCGUGCAGCGGUACGUUGUCGGCGCGCAUCGCGCCGGCGACACGCGCACGUGCCACCUCCUUCUCCCACCGCACUUCUGUCUCACAGUCGUCUGUCUUCACUGUGAGCAGCGCUGCAGCAGCGACACCAGGCACGUCGUCAGCCAUGCUGCAUUCGUCUGAUCUGCUACAGCCACCGUCGUUCACAGGAGCGACGCCCCCGUCUCUCCAUCCCCGCUCCGCUACCGUGGCCGUGACGAUUGCAUCCCCAAACACAAGCGACUCACCACGCGACUCUCUGAAUACCUGGAAGACGAAUGCGGGCAACAGCGAGAGUACCAGUACCCCCAAGUCCCCGCUCGAAUUGGACUGCACGCGGAGCGCCGCAUGUGUGCGACCUGCUGCCCCUCCUCCACUGUGCAGUACCGCUAGCACAUCCGCCAACACCCCUGGAGUUUCUCCUACCAGCACAACCGCCAUUUCUAUUGGUGGUGGGGACUCACCGCAGUGCGGUGGCAAUGUGAGCGAGGCGCGCUGGAAUGGGUGCUUUCUGCCGCCUGCCACAUCGGUGUGCGCUUCGACGGGGGCCUUGCAUCCCUUGAGUGCAUCAGCUGCGGCGACCUAUACGUCCGGCUCAGUGCCGGAGAGUGCGCUGGGGUGCAGCAGCAGCGUUGGUAACGUCACACCACACCUGGCGUUCUGCAGCGGGCCCAGAUGUGGGGGUGAAGGUCUUCUAUCUAACAGCUUCGAAGGUGCCCACGAGGCGCUGAGCCAAGGCGAGGGCACGCCGGGCCCUUGGAACACACCGACACAGGCUGAUAGCACCCCAGGCACCCCCGGCGUCUUGCGUUUGCCGAGUGUUUGCCGAGACAACGAAGAAGGAGGCACAGUUGGAGGCGGCGCGCCUAUCAUUGCGUUAGCGGAGACGGCACCAGCUGCGGCAGCUGCUGCCGCUAAAUUGUCGAUCAAGCGGUCACAGGCGCGUCAGCAGUAUCAUGGGGCGCAGAAGAUGAAGAGCAAGCCAUGUUCAGUAGCAGCGACAUCAUCGACAACAGCAGCAGGGCUGGAAAAACGCUAG